ACUCACUCGGGAGGGUGGGAGAGGAGAGCAGCGCUUGUGUGGACGGUGGGCCGGACGGCCAAUAUAAACAGUAGCCAAGCGGGCAUGAGCCAGCCCCGGCCUGGUCGCCUUCCCUGCCAGGCCCCCGGCGUCGCCCCCAUGGCAGGCAGGAUCAGCUUCACCGUCCGGAGCCUCUUGGAUUUACCCGAGAACGAGGGCGAAGGAAGCAGCGGCCAAAGCAGGAGAGACGCUGAGCCCAUGGAAAGGGGAUACAGAGGCGGAUCCCUCUUCGGGGAGUGGAUGGAGACCGACCGGAGCCAUUAUUUGUCUUCGGAUGAGAGCUGCAGCGAGAGCAGGACUCACCCUGCGGCGAUGGCUCCAGCGGAGGAGGAAGAGGAGGAAGAGGAAGAGGAGGAGAAGAAGAAGAAGCGGCGCGUGCUCUUCUCCAAGGCGCAGACUCUGGCGCUGGAGCGGCGCUUUCGGCAGCAGCGCUACCUGUCUGCGCCGGAGCGGGAGCAGCUGGCCCACUUGCUCCGCCUGACGCCCACCCAGGUCAAGAUCUGGUUCCAGAACCACCGCUACAAGAUGAAGCGGGCUAAGGGCGCCGAGCGAGGAGGCGGAGGAGGGGGCCUCGGGGGCGGCGAGGGGGCGCCUCUCCUGCGCCGGGUGGUGGUGCCCAUCCUGGUCCGGGACGGCAAGGCCUGCCAGAGCUGCAGCGGGGCGGCCAGCCCUCCAGGGCAGGACUACGGCGGAGGGGGGCUCGGCCUCCCCGGGACCUACCCGCCCUUUCCCCAGCCCGCCUCCCUCGGCCUCUUCCCCGCUUACCAGCACUUAGCGCCGCCGGCCCUGGUGUCCUGGAACUGGGGCUGAUGGGCAAGAGUGGGCGGCCGGUGCCGAAGAGCUCGGUCUGGCCAUCCUCGUUGCCUGCCCAUCGCCAUGCAAGAGAGACCCUCAGCGGCCGUCCCAGUGCCUUGAAGCCUUUGGACUGGUGCCUUCUCUCAAGGCACCGGAGGAACUAGCUGGGGCUUAUUCGUGGAGCCCCUCUUAACAGGGUCCCUCUCAGGAAACAUGACACUGCCGGUCUAUGUGAUAUUUCAAAACCCAUGUUAAAGCUAUGCGUGGUAGCUGUCUUUCAUUAUCUGUAGUGGAAGAUCUGUAGAGUCAGGUGGAAGACGGAGUCAUCUUGCCUUGGCUACUCCAGAAACAAGAACUCAAAUCAAUCAAUGGACUCAAAUUAGAAGAAAAGAGUUUUCAAUAGGUUGUGGAAGGCUUUCAUGGUUGGAAUCACUGGACUGCUAUAAGUUUCCCAGAAGCUCUAUGGCCAUGUUCCAGAAGCAUUCUCUCCUGACGUUUCACUCACAUCUAUGGCAGGCAUCCUCUGUUGGAAACUAGGCAAGUGGAGUUUAUAUAUCUGUGGAAAGUCCAGGUUGGGAGAAAUAACUCCAGUCUGUUGGAGGCAAGUGUGAAUGUUGCAAUUGAUCACCUUGAUUACCAUUUAAUGGCCUUUCAUAUUCACGGCCUGUCUGAUUCCUGCCUGAGGGAAUCCUUUGUUGGGGGUGUUAGCUGGCCCAGAUUGUUUCAUCUUCUGAAUUCCCCCGUUUUCAGAGUGUUGUUUUUUUUAUUUACUGUCCUGAUUUUUAAUACUGGUAGUCAGAUUUUGUUCAUUUUCAUUAUUGUGGAUUUCAGUGGCUUCUCUGUGUAGGCUGACAUGGUGGUUGUUAAAGUGGUUCAGCAUGUUUGUGUUCUCAAAUAAAACGAUCAUGGCCAGCUAACAGCUCCCAAUAAAGGAUUCCUACAGAAAGCCAGAUUUUAAAUCUGAGUCCCCUCGGGAGAAGGGCGGGGUAUAAAUGCAUGUAAUAAAUAAAUAAUAAAUAAGGCCAUUAAACACUAAUCACGGUGAUCAAUUGCAACAUUCACACUUGCAUCAAACAGACAAGAGUUCUUUCUCUGACCUUGGGCAUUCCACAUACUGUAUAUAUAAACCUCACUUGCCUAGUUUCCAACAAACCUCACACCUCUGAGGAUGCCUGCCAUAGAUGUGGGUGAAACGUCAGGAGAGAAUGCUUCUGGAACAUGGCUAUAACAGCCUGGAAAACCCACAGCAACCUAGAAAAGAGAUUCUAGCUAAUGCAAUAGAACAUAUUGGAACACUCCAUAUUGGGGUGUCCUUGAUUCACACUACUGACUAUGUUUUGAAGCUACUGACUUCAGUAGGUUCUUUAGAGCAAAAGAGUCACCCAUUUGCAGUCGUAGUUGAAUCCAAGCAGUUUCUCCACCUUCCACAAGUUGUCCACCACACUGAUAAUUAAGUGAAAGUUGACCUGUUCGAGAUGGGAGGGAGGGAUAAAUGCGAGGUGGACGACUGUUCAUCCUAUGCACUCUCUGUGAAUAAACCUCCAGGUAACAUAGUUUAGAAUGCAUAAUACCUAUUGCAGAAGAAGUGAUUCUAGGCCUAAAUCUAAUAGCUGGUUCCAGCUAUAAGUUCUGUCACCUAGGGAAAACCUAGGCCUAAAUUUAAUACUUGGUCCGAGAUGGAGUAGAACCACAACAAGGAAACCUACACAUAUGGCGACUCUUAAGCUAUCACAUGGUUUUCUUGACAAGAUUUUUUCAGAAGGGGUUUGCCUUUCUUUCAGGCUGGAUCUACACUGCCAUUAAAUCCAGAUUAUCAAAUCAAAUAAUCCACAUUAUCUGCUUUAACUGAAUUAUAUGAGUCUACAUAAUCCAGUUCAAAUAAAAUAAUUUGGAUUUUAAUGGCAGUGAAGAAGGGGCCUGAGAGAGUGUGACUUCCCAAGGUGACCCUGCGGCUUAUUCUCCAGCAGCGAUUCAACCCUGGUCUCCGAAAUCAUAGUCCAACUCUCGUACUUAGUGGACAUUGAAGUAUGUGGGAGAUGGAGGACUAAGAAAUCCAAGAGCAGAAGUCAUGAACUCCUAACACGGAUGGAGACCAUCUUCAAGGGCUACCACAGCGGUUUCGGCUUGUUAUUUUAGAAGGCAAGUCGGAAACAUAGAAUUAUGUUUUUGUAACAGUAUGACGGUUUUUGCUCUAAACAAAACGAAUAGUGAGUUGUAUUGGGAGAUAGUUUAUUUUCAAAUAGGACUUUCUUGCCCUGAUUAAUAAACUGGAUUGUUGACAAAAGGAGCUGGACAAAACUGAUAUUUCUUCUUGGGCUUUGUUUUGUUUUUUUAGUGUGAGAGGAAAGUGUUUUAUGCUAUGUCGGUUGAUGGUUUAGAUGCGAAUAAGUAGAAAGAAAGGCGAGCGGUCUGUAUGUGGUUAAUUUCUCAAAAGCUCCAGAUCCCGUUAAUGUUUCUAACCUCUUCCCUCAUUCUCAAAGUAAUAUUUGAGGCUGACAUCUAAGAUGAAGAUAAAUUUGUUGACUUACAUUGCGCCAGUAAAGAACUGGGAAACAACUUUCAGAUCUUGGGGCUCUUCUGGAGGGAACUCGCAUAAAAUUCAGGUAAGGAAAGGGGAAGGUUGAGCUGCCAGGUCUGAGUUUCUAAGCAUUAUAGCCGCCCCUCCUUUCUAAGCACUAUAGCCAUUUCCUUAGACUAGGGAGUCAUGAGAGUUGUAGUUUAGCAAGGUCUUUAGCCUUUUCUGCUAAGAGUGUUGGUGGUUCACCAAACUACAAAUCCCAAGAUUCCGCAACACUGAGCCACGCAGUAAUUCAAACUGUAUUAAUUCUACAUUAUAGAUACACCGGAUAUAAAGAAUUGCAAUCCCAUUUGAAAACUCCUCUUCGUAUCUGCCGAAGAGUGGCACGCCUCCAGGUCAAAUCCUGUUCUUGUUGUGCGCCUUUGAAACAUCUCCAAGUUAUGGCGACCCAAAAGCGACCCUCUCGCCCAGGUUUGCUGAGAAGAGGUUUGUCAUUGCCUUCCUCUGAACCUGAGAGAGGAGAAUGAUUCACCCACGGUCACGCAGUGGGUUUCCAUGGCCAAGCAAGGAGCUGAACCCUUGUCUCCAGAGUCCCAGUCCAACACUGGAAUCCCGGAAUCACUGCACUACACUGGCUCCUAGGUCAAAAAUACUCCUAAAUAUUGCAUUGAGAAGAAUUGGAAUUGAGAAGAAGAUAGCAACAUUAUCAAGACUAAAAAUACAUGAAUUCUAAAGGCUGAAAAUCUCGAGUGUUUUUUAAAACGUUUCAUGGAAGUUUUUAGCAGUGCUUGAAAUGUGAGGAUGGAAGGACAAUUUCAUGAUGGGGCAAAAUUCAUAUUUGGGAAGGGUGUUUGCUUCAUUCACGUUAUAUAAUCCUAUUCCAAAUACUUGCAUUUUCGCAUUUAUUUCCUGGGUUGGCGAAAUAAGAAAUAAAAAUAAAUGUUUUCUAAUUUACAAUACUGUAUUAUACAUGGGACCUCAGUGAGUUGAAGGCAAUUGUGAUUUCAUCCUAAAGGUGAUGACGGUGCAAUUAGUGUCUUUUUGUUUGCACGAGGCUAAUUUGAAGCAACUAUUACGUCUUCCCUUCAACUAAUUCAAUUGAAAUUGACUUUACUGCAAGUGGGGGGGGGGGGGGGGUCAGUGUUUUCCAAACUUCCCAUAUGUUGCUGGAUAUUGUUUGCCUCACCCGCCAUACAAUUGUACUGAAGAUUUCAAAGGGCUCAGUUCAAUUGGUAAUCCCAAGGAGAGUAUACCGACAGAAUCACUUAAUAAAUGUCAACAUGUAUGUGGA